AAUAUAUCAGCCGUACGAUCUAAUCCCAUCUCAUUUAUAAACCUCGACAAAGAGUUGAUUAUUUUCAUACCGGUUGCCACUUACCACCCUCUUUUUGCUUACUCUUUUUCUUUCUUCUCAGUCCACUUCGUCUUCAGUUACCGACUUACAGCCUUACAGGAAAAAUGAGAGAAAUCCUUCACAUCCAAGGUGGUCAGUGUGGUAACCAGAUUGGGUCUAAAUUUUGGGAGGUUGUGUGUGACGAGCAUGGUAUUGACCCCACUGGAAGAUAUGUUGGUACAUCAGACUUGCAAUUGGAGCGUGUCAAUGUCUACUAUAAUGAGGCUUCAUGUGGAAGAUUUGUUCCUCGUGCUGUGUUGAUGGAUCUUGAGCCGGGUACCAUGGAUGCUGUCAGAACCGGACCAUAUGGUCAAAUCUUCCGCCCUGACAACUUUGUAUUUGGACAAUCAGGUGCUGGUAACAAUUGGGCUAAGGGUCAUUACACCGAAGGUGCAGAGCUUAUUGACUCUGUUCUUGAUGUUGUGAGGAAGGAAGCUGAAAACUGUGACUGCUUGCAAGGAUUUCAAGUGUGCCACUCUUUGGGUGGAGGAACCGGUUCUGGUAUGGGUACCUUGUUGAUCUCGAAGAUUAGGGAGGAGUACCCUGACAGGAUGAUGCUUACUUUCUCAGUUUUCCCAUCACCAAAGGUCUCAGACACAGUGGUUGAACCAUACAACGCCACCCUUUCUGUUCAUCAACUUGUUGAGAAUGCAGAUGAGUGUAUGGUGUUGGACAAUGAAGCACUUUAUGACAUUUGCUUCAGAACUCUCAAGCUUACCACACCUAGCUUUGGCGAUCUUAACCACUUGAUCUCAGCCACCAUGAGUGGUGUCACAUGCUGUCUUCGAUUCCCUGGUCAACUGAACUCUGACCUUCGCAAGCUUGCGGUUAACUUGAUCCCCUUCCCCCGUCUCCACUUCUUCAUGGUUGGGUUUGCCCCCUUGACCUCACGUGGAUCCCAGCAGUAUCGUGCCCUCACUGUCCCUGAACUCACCCAACAAAUGUGGGAUGCCAAGAACAUGAUGUGUGCUGCUGACCCUAGGCACGGAAGAUACCUCACCGCCUCAGCCAUGUUCCGAGGCAAGAUGUCGACUAAGGAGGUAGAUGAGCAAAUGAUAAACGUCCAGAACAAGAACUCAUCCUACUUUGUUGAGUGGAUCCCAAACAAUGUGAAGUCCAGCGUCUGUGACAUCCCACCUCGUGGUUUGACCAUGGCCUCAACCUUCAUCGGUAACUCUACUUCCAUCCAAGAAAUGUUCCGGAGGGUGAGUGAGCAGUUCACAGCUAUGUUCAGGAGAAAGGCUUUCUUGCAUUGGUACACUGGUGAAGGUAUGGACGAGAUGGAGUUCACCGAAGCUGAGAGCAACAUGAACGAUCUCGUAUCUGAAUACCAACAGUACCAGGACGCUACUGCUGACGAUGAUGAGGAGUACGAUGAAGACAUUGAAUCAGAUCCAGAAAAUGUAUAAAGAAAACUUUUAGCAAGUGAUCUGCAGAAGCUUGGAUAAAAUGUGCAAUGUCAUUUAAAGUAAUGUGUUUACAUUUUGAAUGCUUUGUGUGUAUAAUAUGGCAAAAAGGGGCCGGUAUACGAAUGGAUUAGGUGGAAAGUAUUUGGUCAUGUUAAGUCUAAAAUAGCUUUGAGAUUUCUGGUAUGUUGUCAUAUUUUUUAUAUUACCAUGGUUUGAUGUUGCUAUGUUGCAUUUUUAUAUUUUUUGUCCCCAAUAGAUUUUAAGUUUUUAACAUCUAAAACAUUACUCUUUCGUUCAAUUUGUUAUAAUUUUUUUUGGUUGCAAUAUUAACUUCAACUUUUAAUGUCA